AUGGGUGAGACACAGGUCACAAUGGGUGAGACACAGGUCACAAUGGGUGAGACGCAGGUCACAGUGGGUGAGACGCAGGUCACAGUGGGUGAGACGCAGGUCACAAUGGGAGCAGUGGCAGAAUUCAAGGACCCUCACUUGGAAGCACCGGAUGAUGUGGUGCUGCGCUUGGCUCGCCUUGCCCUCUCCUGCACUGCUCUGCCUGGGGUUUCCCGUCCCUCCAUGCUCCUAGUGCUGGCUGAGCUGUUGAGGAUAAAGCAGGAGAUGUUCGGGGCGCAGGUGAGCGCGGAGGUUUCUGGCAUCGACAUGGAAAUUGGAGGCUCUGAUGACUACUCUGACUUCAGUGCUGAAAUGGCCCGCGCAAGCGCCUGUUAG